GAUGUGUUUAUGGGAUGUGAACGACGGACGCUGUAUUGAGUUCACCAAGCUGGCCUGUGCUCACACCGGCAUUCAGUUCUACCAGUUCACCAUCGGCACUGAGAAGGAGGGCCGCCUGCUCUGUAACGGACAUUACCCAGAGAUCCUGGUGGUGGACGCCACCAGCCUGGAGGUUCUGUACUCGCUGGUGUCCAAGAUCUCUCCCGACUGGAUCAGCUCCAUGAGCAUCAUCCGAUCGCAUCGCACGCAAGAGGACACGGUGGUGGCAGUGUCAGUGACGGGCAUUUUGAAGGUCUGGAUCAUAACAGCUGAGGUCAGCAAGAUGCAGGACCUGGAUCCAGUGUUUGAAGAGGAGUCCAAGCCCAUCUACUGUCAGGGCUGCCAGAGCAUUUCCUUCUGUACGUUCACCCAGAGCAGCCUGCUGGUCGUCUGCUCCAAGUACUGGAGGGUGUUUGAUGCGGGCGACUACUCGCUGCUCUGCUCGGUGCCCAGCGAUAACGACCAGGCCUGGACCGGAGGAGAGUUCAUCGCCGCCGACAAAGUCAUCAUCUGGACCGAGGACGGCUGCAGUUACAUCUACAAGCUGCCGGCCAGCUGUCUGUCCGCGAGCGAACAUUUCCGCAGCGACGUCGGGAAAACUAAAGAAGGUUCGAUCCCUCCGCUGGUCUACAGCAUCGCAGAUCGCGCCGACAAACAGCUCCUCAUCUGUCCUCCGGUGACUCGGUUCUUCUUCGGCCGGCGGGAGCCUUUCCACAAGCUGCUGAUCCAGGGAGACUCUGCCGGCAGACUGUCGCUGUGGAGCAUCCCGGACACCUCGCCUCUGCAGCCGCUGUCCACCUCCUCAGAGCUGCAGGUUUCGUCCACCAUCAGUCUCCAGGAGGCGUUUGAUAAGCUGAUCCCCGUGUCUGCCGGGAUCAUCGACCAGCUCAGCGUCCUGCCCGGAAAAGAAGAACCCAUCAAGGUGACGGCCAGCGUCUACAUCCCGUCUCAGGGUCGCCUGGUUUGUGGCAGAGAGGACGGCAGCAUCAUCCUGGUUCCUGCCACUCAGACCGCCAUCGUCCAGCUGCUGCAGGGCGAGCACAUGCUCAGGAGAGGUUGGCCUCCCCACCGGACCCUCCGAGGCCACCGGAACAAGGUGACCUGCGUCCUGUACCCCUACCAGAUCUCCCCGCGCUACGACCAGCGCUCCCUGGUGUCCGGAGGCGUCGACUUCUCCGUCAUCGUCUGGGACAUCUUCACCGGGGAGAUGAAGCACAUCUUCUGCGUCCACGGAGGGGAGAUCACUCAGCUCAUCGUCCCUCCGGAGAACUGCAGCACCCGGGUGCAGCACUGCGUCUGCUCGGUGGCCAGCGACCACUCCGUCGGCCUGCUAAGCCUGCGGGAGAGGAAGUGCAUCAUGCUGGCGUCCCGACACCUUUUCCCCAUCCAGGUCAUCAAGUGGCGCCCGGCCGACGACUACCUGGUGGUGGGAUGCUCGGACGGCUCCGUCUACGUCUGGCAGAUGGAUACAGGCGCCUUGGACCGCUGUGUGAUGGGUAUCACCGCCGUGGAGAUCCUGAACGCCUGCGACGAGCUCGCUCCGGCCACCGUGGACGCCCUGAGCCACUCGGCGGUGAACCUGAAGCAGGCGAUGACCCGUCGCAGCCUGGCGGCGCUGAAGAACAUGGCUCAGCACAAGCUGCAAACGCUCGCCACCAACCUGCUGGCUGCAGACAACGCCGACAAGGGCAACUUGCCGAAAUACUCCCACAACGCUCUGGUGGUCCAGGCCAUGAAGACCAACCUGACGGACCCCGACAUGCACGUGCUGUUCUUCGACGUGGAGGCGGUCAUCAUCCAGCUGCUGACCGAGGAGGCCCAGAGACCCAACCCCACGCUGGUGUCGCCGGAGACGCUGCAGAAGAGCCAGGCCGGCGCCGACAAGGGGGGCUCCUUCCUGGCCAACAAGAUCUUCAAGCAGGUGAAGGAAACCAUGAAGGAGACGAUCAAGGAGCACCUGCUGGACGAAGACGAGGAGGAGGAGGAGGAGAUGAGGAGGCGCGAGGAGAAGUCCAAGUCUCUGAGCCUGCUGGAGUACAACCUGACCAUGGACACGGCCAAGCUCUUCAUGUCCUGCCUGCACGCCUGGGGCCUCAACGAGCAGCUGGACGGCAUCUGCCUGGACCGACUGGGCAUGCUCAGACCGCACUGUCCAAUCUCCUUCGGCCUGAUCUCCAGAGGAGGCCACAUGUCCCUGAUGCUGCCCACCUUCAAGGAGUCUUUGCUGCGCCAGCUGUCCCUGGCGACGGGCCUGAAGCUCACGCUGUCGGACAUCGUGGGAAAAGGGACGUACGGCGUGUCGCGGGCCGUCACCACGCAGCACCUCCUGUCCGUCAUCUCUCUGGCCAACACCCUGAUGGGGAUGACCAACGCCACCUUCGUCGGCGAGCACAUGAAGAAGGCGCCGGCCAGGCCUCCCAGACCAGGAGGAACCCCGGAGACUCCUCGCAGGACGCCUGCCGUCCCCCCUCAGCCCUCCAACCCGGCGCUACAGGCCCAGAUCAAACAAGGAUGGAGUCAGCUGGCAGCUAUGCAUUGCGUGAUGCUACCUGACCUCCUCGGACUGGACAAGUUCAGACCUCCGCUGCUGGAGAUGUUGGCGAGGAGGUGGCAGGACCGCUGUCUGGAGGUACGAGAAGCGGCACAAGCUCUUCUAUUGGCUGAGCUGAGAAGGAUCGGCCAAUCGGGACGCAAGGACACCAUCGACAUGUGGGCUCCCUACCUGCCUCAAUACGUGGACACCGUCAGCUCCCCCGGGACGACCACCGAGCCCUCGCCGCCGGCCCCGCCCCCUCCAGAGGCCCAGCCAAUAGAAACCAAGGCUCCCGAGGAGGAAAUGGACGUCACCGACGACGACAUCACAGCAGGCUGCCUGUCCAACCUCCCGCCCAACGCCAAGAAGAUCUCCAACUCGUACGAGGAGCGCCGCAAGCAGGCCACCGCCAUCGUGCUGCUGGGCGUCAUCGGGGCCGAGUUCGGCGCCGAGAUCGAGCCCCCGAAGGGCUCCGGUCGGGCCCGAGCCGGUGGACAGGCGCCAGAAGGGUUCGGACUGACGAGCGGAGGGUCGUCCAACUACUCGCUGGCCAGACACACAUGUAAAGCGCUGACCUUCCUGCUGCUGCAGCCCCCCAGCCCCAAGCUGCCCCCCCACAGCACCAUCCGCCGCACCGCCAUCGACCUGAUUGGCCGAGGCUUCACCGUGUGGGAGCCCUACAUGGACGUGUCGGCGGUGCUCAUGGGACUGCUGGAGCUCUGUGCCGACGCCGAGAAGCAGCUGGCAAAAGGAAUCUUUGCAGCUUGUGAAUAUCAACAUAUGGGAGAAUCAGCACUUAGCAUCACGAUGGGUUUGCCGCUCAACCCGCCUGCAGAUUCGGCUCGAUCCGCCCGUCACGCCCUCUCCCUGAUCGCCACGGCCCGACCUCCGGCCUUCAUCACCACCAUCGCAAGAGAGGUCCAUCGGUACAACGCGGCUCAGGCCAACUCUCAGUCGCAGCAGAACGUUCACACCACCACUCUGGCCAGAGCCAAGACCGAGAUCCUGCGAGUGAUCGACAUCCUGAUCGAGAAGAUGCCCGGAGAUGUCGUGGACCUGCUGGUGGAGGUGAUGGACAUCAUCAUGUACUGCAUCGAAGGCUCUCUGGUGAAGAAGAAAGGGCUGCAGGAGUGUUUCCCUGCUAUCUGCAAGUUCUACAUGGUCGGUUACUGUGACCGCAGUCAUCGCAUCGCCGUCGGAGCUCGCCAAGGCUCGGUAGCCCUCUACGAUGUUCGUACGGGAAAAUGCCAGAACAUCCACGGACACAAAGGUCCAAUCACCGCCGUGUCCUUCGCCCCCGAUGGCCGUUACCUAGCAACCUACUCCAACGCCGACAGCCACAUCUCCUUCUGGCAGAUGAACACCAGUCUGCUGGGCAGCAUCGGCAUGCUGAACUCGGCUCCUCAGCUCCGCUGCAUUAAGACCUACCAGGUUCCUCCGGUCCAGCCGGCGUCUCCAGGCUCCCAGAACCACCUGAAGCUGGCCCGCCUCAUCUGGACCUCCAACCGCAACGUCAUCCUGAUGGCCCACGACGGCAAAGAGCACCGCUUCAUGGUCUAAGCUCCGCCUCGCCUCCAUCUGAGCCCCAGUUCUGACGGGCCUGGGCCUGCUGCCGGGUUUUUAUUCCGUGUUCACCUGCCGAGUGUCUCAGCUCGUAAAGGUUCAGGUGUUUUCACCGAGACUUGCUCAAGUGUUUGUCUCCAAAACUAAUGACAGCUCUGAGGUGGUGGAGCUGAGCGGUAAAAACCCGGCUCGGGCUCAGGUUCUGAUCCAGUUCCAUCUCCUGUGAUAGAUGUCUAGGCCGAGAUAGAAGGCUUGUUUACAUUCUGAUUUGCGUUGAUGUAUUUUUUUAUCUCUUAAACCUCCACAUUCCUAUUUAUUUGCUGUUCUUGCUGGAUGUCCCAAAUCUACGAGCCGUUCAAUCGUUUGGCUUCUAGUUGAAUCCAAUUCUCAAUAAAAACGUCUUAUUCUUGAUUGUUUUCUACGUAUCGCAGGCGUCUGUGGACUUCCUUUGCAGAAACACUCAUUAAACCGUCGAUGUAUUUAUAUUGAGGUUUCUUUGGGAGUCUCUUCAUCGCUGCAGUGAAUCCUUUCCGGUGGCCUCCGGCUCCGACCUCUACGACCACGACAUGCUUUUCACAUUUCAAACUGCAUAGCUGUGAGUGUGUGCGAGUGCUUUGGUGUUUGCCUUUCUUUUGUGACACCUUUUGAAGCUUUUCCAUCCUCUCUGAGCUUCGCACAGAUGUGUUUGCACCCAAGUGUAUUUUCACCGUUAAACACACAUUCUCACUUCAGGCUGCUCGUCCUAAAAGCUCAAAACCUUUAGAAGCUGCAGGUGAAGCAGUGCAGAGAUGGAAGAAAAAGUCACCAGAGGACACAAUAUUGUUGUUUUGGAUAAAUAAAUUAGAUGCUUUGGCAUUGGUCAGAUUCGAUUUUUCGAAUCGCAAAGUAAUACGAACAAUCGACUUGAGCUCAGUUCAGUUCCCAUUAGAUACACCGAUCAGCCACUAAAUCCUGCAUUGGUCUCUCAAUCUGAAUCUAAUUGGUGUAUUUUGACAGCAUGAAGUCGUUUCUUAUCUUGAUUUUGAUUUACAUGCACUUUAAAACAUCAGCCUCAGUGCAAACCUUGCAGAGCUAAUUUCAUCUGUCAAGACAUUUUUUUCAAAAAAUGGUCCAACACCUCCUAUAAACCACUUCUUUAUAUCACUUACUUCUGCUUUUUGUGGAGUUUUUGUCCUUCUCUGGACGUAGAAACUCUCCUGGGGGUUUAUACGUGCAAAGGAAACGUUCCAAACUCCCGUUUAUUUUACAGGAUUGUGCGUUUCUUUGCAGACGAUGCGGCUUUAUAUCCGCCUCGUACACAUGAAAACUCGACACUACGUUUUCUUUCUCUCUUUCUUUUUGUCCUUCCCUGGACAUAAAAACUCUCCUGGGGGUUUAUACAUUUGAACAAAAUGUUCCAAACUCCCGUUUUUUGCAGGAUUGUGCGUUUCUUUGCAGACGAUGCCGCUUUAUAUCCGCCUUGUCGACGUAAAAACUUCUCUUCUUGCAGCUUUUCUCUUUCAUUCACGCGACUCUUAGGAAGAUAAAUGUACAUCAGAACUGCUGAAGUGAUGUAUGUAGUCUGUUCAUCGUGGACAGUGAGCGUUGAUCCUGUUUGGUGUAUUUAUUGCAGCCGAUGCGAUCGUCUGCCUGGCCACGGACUAGUCCUUUAAAUAGAAAAAAUUGCAUCAAUUUAAGCAGUUUUGUUUUUUUUUAACUAUUAGAUACGUUUUUGUCAAGUCAGUUGAAAAUGGGAGGUUUCCUUUUGGUUUUAUUUAAACUAGAAGCAUCAAUCGGCCAAACUGAUGUAGGUCUGAUCUACAGAUUGCUAAAGAAAACAUUAUAGAGGAGAUAAAUUAGUUGUUUUUCUCUUCUCUUAGACUUAAAUCAGUCUUUAGUAAGAGCAGCAGGUAGAACCAGACGUGAACCUUCGCUUCUAAUGAUUGGAAUUUGUUUGAAUAGCAGCUGAACAGCAGCCGUACGUCUUGUUUUUGCGGUCGACGUCGGGUUACGGUUGCAGCAGAGGAUCGUUUUUCUGCAUCCUUCUUUACGGUUGACGACACAUCUUUGCACAUUAUCACCUUAAAUGUUGGCCGAGUUAGGAUUGUAGCUUUAGCAGAGUUUUACGCAGAGAGAGAGCUAUAUAGAGUUAUAUAUAUAUAUAUAUAUAUAUGUAAUGUACACAAUCUGAUGUCUGGCGGCUCUUGCGAGUGCCUGACAUGUCUGAGGAGUUUGCUUUCCCAUCUCUUCCUCCUCCGUCCUCCCUCCUGUCCUUCCUCCGUCUGCUGUCAGUUUCAUUAGUGCUGUCAGAAAGCUUCUAACACCGUUACACACCUGUAAGCCCGAGCGUGUCAAAGCUUUUCACAAGUUCUUCCUCUCUUAAAAAGAAAAAAAAAAAAAACAUCCAGCGUCUCAUCAGAAGGAUUUUCGAGAACACACUCGCACACACAAACGCGUCCGGUCCGGCGGCUUCCUGACAGCUUUGAGAUCUUAAUCUUUCGUUUUCUCCGCCACCCUUAACAGUUUGCGAAAAGAUGUUUUUGGCAGCGUCUCGGGGGGGAAAGGAGGGUGAGAAAAAUACGGGAGGCGGAGGGGAAAAGAGUAAGUAACAAGUGAGGAAGAUCAGCUCAUCCAGCCAGAAAAAGACGCUGCUGUGGUCGAGGUAGUGAAGCAAAAUGUCUAAAAAGUACCUUCUGGGGAUAAAAAAUAUAAAAAAUAAGACGACGAGUUCCUGAGAACAUCUACGAAGCUGCAAAUUGAUCUUCAACCUGCAAUUCUUCCCGACGCCGUGAAGCCGUUUCAUGUCAUGAUUUUACAAAACGUUUUACAUUUUUGGCUGAUGAGACUCGAUGUAAUCAGCUUCCUGGUUUAGUUGUGAUUGGUGUAUUUAUUGUUUAACCUCAUUCUGCAUAUUUAAGUGUGAGUGUGUGUGAAAGUGAAGUCCUGCAUGAAUAUGAGCUUCCCUCGAUGUAACACGGAGCAGGUUGAACCAUAUAAACACGUGUUGUGUUCAAACGUGUUGUUGUUGUUGUUGUUGUUGUUGUUGUUGUUGACUUUGUGUCCAAUAAAGACGAAGUGAGACAGUGAA